GGGCGUCGCCUGCUAGAGCUUUAUCAAGGUUUUGUUGCAGAAGUGAAAAACACAAACAUUCGUAUCACUGCUCGCUCUCUCGCCCGGAAUUCGUCUCUCUCUCCCGCAGAGUUAAGCUUCUGAACCUCGAAUCUCAAAAUUUCUUACUGAUUAAAGACUCGGAGGUAGAAGAAUGCCAAAGGUGAAAACAAACCGUGUUAAAUACCCAGAGGGCUGGGAAUUAAUUGAGCCAACUCUUCGCGAACUGCAAGCAAAGAUGAGAGAAGCUGAGAAUGAUCCACAUGAUGGUAAGAGAAAAUGUGAAACAUUAUGGCCUAUUUUUAAAAUAGCACACCAGAAGAGUCGCUACAUUUUUGACCUUUACCACCGGAGGAAGGAAAUAUCCAAGGAAUUGUACGAGUUCUGUUUGGAUCAAGGCUAUGCUGACCAGGCUCUAAUUGCGAAAUGGAAAAAGCCAGGUUAUGAACGUCUCUGCUGCUUGAGGUGCAUUCAACCACGGGAUCACAAUUUUGCUACCACUUGUGUGUGCCGGGUGCCACAGCAUCUGAGAGAGGAGAAGGUUAUUGAGUGUGUCCAUUGUGGUUGUAAGGGCUGUGCAAGUGGGGAUUGAUUCUGCUGGUCUUCCAAGAAUGACAAGAUUCCCGGUUUCGGCAAUGUGUAAAGUCUCUUCUUGGUAAUCAUUCUAAAGCUGGCCCUAGGUAACUGGUGGCAGAGUUUCUGUAUUUGUUUUGAGAAUUAACCAAAACAUAGCUUGAGAGUUAAAGAGCAUGAAUCGAAAAUCUUUCUUAAAGUUUUGAGUUGCAUCGAGUACGAUGUUUCCCACCAUCGAUGGUUAGAUGCUGCUUAUUGUGCUCAAGUUUUAAAUUUGUUAUAAAGUACUAUGAAACCUUAAUGUUUGCUAUAGUCUGUUGCGGUCGACUAGUUAAAUUUGUUCUUUAGAUAUUAUCAGUUAGGAUGGGUGAGGUGACAGCCAUCUCUUUGUGAGUUUGUAUGUGACAUUUGAGCUGUGAUGAUUACCAUAACUUUAUCGUGUUAAUUUAACAGUUUUUUACGUGGAAAA